CAUUCGCUCAACUCAGCAAGCAAAUCAUCAGAACAGCACAUCUCACUCUUUAUCUUCCAAUUCAAAAAAACCAACUUCAACCGCCAACAUGCAGGUUAUCGCCGCCAUCGCUUUCCUUCUUACUGCCGCCACUGGCGCUUUCGCAGCUCCCGGCGGCUACUCUCCUCCUCCUCCCCACCACGCUCCCAAGCCCCCUCCUCCUCCUCCGGUUAUCAACCAGAACAACAACAUCAACAACAACUGGCAGAGCAACAGCUGCGGUAACGGUGCUUCUCCUUACUGCUGCAGUGCUACCACCGACGCAUUGGGCUCAAGCUACUGGAAGUGCUCUGACCUUAACGAUGUCUGCAAUGCUGUCAUCGUUUGCUGCAACAACAACAACAACAUCAACAACCAGCAGGGCAAGCAAAACGCCAACGGCAACGGCAACCAGUCCUGCAGUGCCUUCGGACAGUCCAAGGUCGUUUACGAGUAAAGUUGCUUCCGGAAGCCCAAGAUCGGCAACAGCCAUCCUAUUUGCUUGGUCCCCUGAUCUUGGAGGGCGGGCACGCAUUGUUCAAUUCACCUGGCUAAGGGCUGCUGUAAUGGGAUUGAUGGGUGUGAAGUGGCAUUUUGUAGGAUGAAAAUGUGUUGUUCUCUUCGAUUUGGGUCGUAGCUGGAUGGCUCUUAUGAGGCAGACAUUACGAUCCGCUCACUCUCCUUAAGUUUAUUUUAUAUUGCUUGUUGAAAAUAAGAAAAAAAGAACUUGUUUGCUUUACUCCUU